AAACUGAACGUCAGAGCACAGAAAAAUAUACCUCUGGCUACUAAUAAUUAUAAUAUUUACAAAAAAAUAUCUCAACUUCGAAAAACUGAUACAUUAAAAAAUGGCGAUCUUCAGACGUAUACUUGUAUUAUGUCUAACUCGAUGUAUAUUUUGAAGAGGUCACUGUUAAAUCACGAAUCAUACAUAGUUGUAAUAGACUUUGGUAGUGAUACUGAGACAAUCAUCUUAUCCCAUGUCGUGCCUGAUCUCAAAGAUACAUUAUACGUAUAUUUAAAAAGUGAAAAUUCUGCGUACAACACGAAGCAUAUAGUGUCUACCGUAUCUUCAUUCUACAAUCCUCUACUACUACGACCACAGUCAGUAGUCGUAUUGAUAGAUAAGUUUAUUGUGCCUGAAUCACCUGGAAGUACUGCAAGUGGCUGUACAAGAAUAUACACGAAAUUAAUUAGUAUACUCUGUGUUUUUCUAUUUGUAAGAUGGAUGUUAUAA